UCCAUUAUUUUCGCCUCACAUUUUAACAGUCAUGAUCUCCAGGAGUCUCAGAUCUCUAUUCUCCACUUGGUCCCUAUUGUCCAAGACAAUUCAUCAAAUCUCCGUCUCUGUCCAACUAUAUUUUGAGUUCCAUUACUCUCGCCUCACAUUGAACAUUCAUGAUUUCUCAGAUCUCUAUUCUCCUCUUGGUCCCUAUUGUACAAGACAAUUCAUCAAAUCUGCUAGAGCCACCGUGUACAAUUAUGUCCGAUAAAUCUAAUGCCACUGUUUAUAUUGAUUCAUUCUUGUACAGGCAACCUGGAUGAGAGAGUAGGUGAUCGGGUGUUGUAUGAUAUUCUCAUUCAAGCAGGCCCAGUAAUGAACUUGUAUAUCCCUCGUGACAAGGAGACUGAUAAACCUAAAGGUUACGCUUUUGCACAAUACGAAACAGAGGAGGUGGCGGAAUAUGCUGUCAAACUUUUCUCUGGACUUGUAACACUCUAUAAAAGAACCUUGAAAUUUGCAAUGAAUGGUUUUGGACGCCAUCUAAAAGAUGAAUUUUAUUGUGGAUUGAAGUAUAUUUGCUUGGGGUAACCUAUCUUCACAUAGUGAAAUUCUGUAUGGCCAUUGGAACUGGCAAUACCUGAGGAAAGCAUGGAGUUAGAUGAGUAUGGAAGUUGACGAAUUUAACCAUCUAAGUUUGUUGUUAAUUAACAUAUUGUUCCUACCAAUGCAUAAAUGGUUCCAAUUUAGAAUAUGGUGGUUUCGUGCUAUUAUGGUUGUGGUCGACCAUGGCCUAAUGGAGACAAUGCAUAAAUGCUGAGGAUAGCAGGUCAGCUGUACUCUUGGAAGAAUGGGGUCAACAAAGAACACCCUCCGCGAUCAUUACGGAGGACACACAUCCACUUGUUGCUCCUAUAAGGGAUCAUUCAAUGUAGAUUUUGCCUAACAAUAGUGCAUUGUUAUAUCUGGUGAA